AUGGAAGGUGCUAACAAGGAGGCAUCAAUAUCGUUUGGCCGGAAAAACCGGCGACUGCGUAUUGGAGAAUGUGUUGGAGCACAGAAAAUAGAAAAAUGCAAAAGAAUGACUGGAAGAUGUUCCGAUCCGUAUGUCCACUACAAUUCUUUCAAUACGAUUCAAUUCCGAAAUGCUAAUCAAAUAGCUGUUCAACCACCUGCUGUACUUGGAUUAUGA